UGACUAUCAACAUUUUAGCUAACAAAUUAACAGCUUGCUACUCCGCGUAGCAACUACGACAUUUUAUGAUGCCAAGUUUUAAGUUGACGCUAGUGAGACAUGGAGAAACAGAACACAACAAACAUCGUGUUUUACAAGGUCAGAGAGACACUCCAUUGUCCAGUGUUGGAAUGGAACAAGCUGGAAAAUUGUCUCAGCACUUUUUGCGAGAACACUUGUCUCAUGCAUUUUCUAGUGACCUUCAGAGAGCAGCCAAGACUGCAGAACUUAUACUGCUCAAUCGCUCAAAUUCACCAAGUCUGAUUCAAGACUGCAGAUUGAGAGAGAGGUGCUUUGGAGAGAUGGAGGGUAUGCAGCAGUGGCAACUACAAAAAGCUGCUCACAAAGCUAAGCAAUCACUGCCUGACUUUACACCAACAGGAGGAGAAACAAUUUUUCAAGUUGAACAACGAGCUGCUGAAUUCUUUGGUGAGUUGUGCUCCAAUCUCUUUCAAACUCCGCAAGAAACGAAGAAUGAAACAACAGGAAGAAAGUAUUGUGCAAGGCAGAACACAGAUGAAAAUGAUAAACACACGACAAAACAAUCAUGUCAUCAUUUCGACCAGGACCAUGUUCUUCUUGUUGCUCAUGGUGGUCUGAUUAGAACUAUGAUAAAUCAGUUUGAAGCCAAAUUUGAUUGUGAUUUGAAACCGUUCCGCAAAGGAGGCCGUCUUCAGUCAUGUCCUAACACAGGCUUUUCAAUGUUCAUAGUCAGUAAGUCAGGAGACGACAAGUCUGAAAAGGUUAUGGUCAGCUGUCAUACACUUUAUAACACAGACCAUCUACAAGAUAAAGGGACAUCCAAAAUAGACUAGUUUAGUAGGCUACUGAAGUUCUCUAUUAGUUGUCUAUACCUAGUCAAGUGUACAAGGUUACUUGUAGUUUUAAUUAAUUAGAUGUGUUAAUUGAGACUAUCUCAAAGUUGAAAUUUAUACAUUAUUAUACGCCGGCAAUUCGGUGCCUAUUAGUCUAAUUAAUUGAUACCUAACUAGUUGGUGUGUAUUUAUUUUGCCAAUAGACGUAACGCGCGCACGAAGA